AUGAAGGGGAGGACGCUUUUCAAGAGCCCUCUCCCCAGCAACCACGUCUCCGACGCCUCCAGCUCGGCCGGCGCCGGCACCACCCACCGCCUGUACCAAGUUUGGAGGGGAAGGAAUAAAUUUCUUUGUGGCGGGCGGUGCAUCUUCGGCCCUGACGCCAACUCCAUCUUUCUAUCUGUGUCUCUCAUCAUGACGCCGCUCGCGCUCUUCGUGGCCUUCGUCUCGUUCCGCCUCGCCGAGCUCAUGGGGAAGCCGCUCGGCCCCUUCGUUCCAAGGACAGCCAUGGCCGUCGGCGCAUUCGAUCUUCUAGUGUUGGUGCUCACGUCAGGGCGAGAUCCCGGGAUCAUCCCGCGGAACACGAAGCCGCCGGAUCCCGAAGACGUCCAGCUGGACGGCCUGGCGUCCCCGGUGACCGGAGCGCCAUCGUCGGGGACACUUCCGCCGACGCGUGACGUGUACGUGAACGGUAUGGUGGUGAAGGUGAAGUACUGCCACACGUGCAUGCUGUACAGGCCACCGCGCUGCUCUCACUGCUCUGUCUGCAACAAUUGCGUGGAGCGCUUCGACCACCACUGCCCCUGGGUCGGCCAGUGCAUCGGCAAGAGAAAUUACAGGUUCUUCUUCAUGUUCAUCUCGUCGACGACGUUCCUUUGCCUCUACGUGUUCGUGUUCUGCUGGGUGAACCUGGUCCUCAUCGCGCGGAAGUACGGGUGCAGCCUGGGCGGCGCCAUCGUGGAGUCGCCGGUCUCGGGGUUCCUCAUCUUCUACACCUUCAUCACGUCCUGGUUCGUGGGCGGGCUCACAGCGUUCCACACCUACCUCGCCAGCACCAACCAGACCACGUACGAGAACUUCCGGUACCGGUACGAGGGAAAGUCCAACCCGUACAACCGCGGCGCGGCGCGGAACCUCGUCGAGAUCUUCCUGUCGCCGAUCCCCGCGAGCAAGAAUGACUUCCGGCAGAUGGUCGUGGUCGACCCCGACACGCUCCUGUACGGCCCGCCCUCCAUGGCCUACUCCUACUCCUUCGGCAUGCUGUCGGCGUCCAAGAAGAGCUUCAACACCCAAGCCAGCCUCAGCUUCGACAUGGGCAAGCCGAGCUUCGACCUCGGAGCUGGAUACAGCGUCAAGCGCACCAGCAUCGGCUCCUCCAACUUCGGCGACAUAUACAAUCCUACCGGUGACGGCGUGGAGGGCGCGGAGCACCAGCAGCCGCGGCACAACAUCUUCGGUGGCGGGAGGUUUCAGGGAAGCAAGAAGGUGGCAGAAGACUCGGAGUCGGUCGUGACCAACGUCGCCACGGCGAGCUACAACGUCGCCGGUUGA